CAUGCUGUCUAUAACUGUAGAUGGAAUAAAGAGAGACUUCCUGGUUGAUACAGGAGCCACGCACUCCACCAUUCAAUCUGCACCAGCUAACAAAACAUCCAACCGCCAUACUACAGUGAUGGGCUUCUCUGGGGAACCACAAACUCUGCCCUACACCCUGCCUCUUCCAACUAAGGUGGGGGAACAAACUGUGUUUCAUAGCUACGUGUACUCACCAUCAGUUCCAGUGAAUCUCCUGGGACGAGACUUGCUCAUUAAAUUGGGGGCAACAAUUCUGUGUUCCCCAAAUGGACUAACUGUGACCCUACCGGAAGGUACGGUGCUGCCCUGUGACGGAUCUAUGAUGCCAGAAGGAAUAUACCUGGCUCAGACUCUACCCUCAAUACCUGACUCUGCAGAUAUCUACUGGGCCUUGCUGGAUCCUGAAAACCCACAGGCCCCUGGAAUUGUGUCCGCCUACCAACAAUGGAGGCCUUGGCUUUGUCAGGUUCGCCCGUAUGUUCCGCCCCCUGACCCUCCUCAUGUAACACUCUUUUAUGACAGACAAGAUACCAAUUGGUACCAACAGGCGUUCCAGAACUCCUGUGAAGGAAAUGCCUGGGAAAUUAGGGUGUCUGACAUUUUUGUCGCCCCUGAAGGCGUGGCAGCUGCUGUAUCCCUUACCCCUGACCAAUUACCCUGGUACAUGAUGGCAGACGAAGCAGUGCCCCAUGUUUCCCUGGCCCUACAUCCUUCCCAUCAGGCCAAGGAACUGGGGGGAAUGGUGAAGCGUUCUCUGGCAACCACCGAUUGGAGCCCCACCGCUCUUCCUCAGGUUUCCUACUCCCCUAUGACUAAGACAUAUAGGAUCACACACAACUGCACAAAUACAUCUGCUCUCGCACAUGAGGUCAUUAGCAGAACUCACGGACGUGAAAAAACGGAUCAUCAUGACACAGCCACUAUGUUGUCCCAGCUUCCGGACACCCUGUGGUCAGCAGGACCAACUGAUGUAGGUUUGGUUAGAACCCCACCUAUUCAGUUUACCCUGACCGAUACCUCUCCCUUGUGGAUCCCUCAGUACCCACACAAACCAGAGGCUGAGGAAGGGAUUGCGGAAACCAUUGCGGGUCUGGUGACCGCAGGGGUCUUGGAACCAUCUAGUGCAAACUGGAACACCCCCAUUCUACCUGUAGAGAAAAAGGGAACAAGGAAAUUCAGAAUGGUUCAUGACUUAAGACGGAUCAAUGCCCUACUAGCAACAGAUUCCCUGCCUGUCCCUAAUCCUUAUGUUGCCCUGACCAAUCUACCUCCAUCUCAUGCCUGGUUCACCUGCAUUGACCUGGCCAAUGCUUUUUUUUGUUUACCCCUUCAUGAGGACCUUAGAGAUGUCUUCUCAUUCACCUUCCGAGGCCAACAAUGGCGCUAUACACGCCUGCCACAGGGCUUUGCCCUCUCGCCCGGCCUCUUCAAUCAAUGUCUAAAACAGUUACUGGACACAUGCCCUCUGCCUGAGGACUGUGUACUGGUCCAAUAUGUUGACGAUCUCCUCUUAUCAGCUCCCACUGCAACGGCCUGUCUUGAAGGCACAAAAGCCCUCCUGCAACACCUUGCCUGGCUAGGCUUUAAGGUUAGCAAAAACAAGCUCCAGGUUGCUAGGAAACAAGUUACAUUCUUGGGACGCAUGAUUUCACAGACAGGGGUGUCCCUCUCUCCCGAACAUCGAAACUCCAUACUGCACCAUCCCAAGCCACGAAUAGUCAAGGAAAUGUUGUCAUUUUUAGGCCUCACGGGUUACAGCAGAACGUAUGUUCCCGAUUAUGUAGGCCUCACUGCCCCUCUGCGUGAUCUCGUUAAUGAACAGGGCAUGCGCAACCUCACCGCCCCGUUAACAUGGACAACUGCCGCAGAAGACUCAUUUAUUAGGCUGAAACAACAACUGUCCACAGCUAGUGACCUCGCCGUACCAAACUACUCUUUGCCGUUCUAUCUAGAUGUUUCUGGAACAGACACGCACAUGAAUGGUGUCCUGUUCCAGAAAAAAGGGGGAGAAAGACAGGUACUAACAUACACGAGCGUUAUGUUAGACAACACAGAAAAAAGACAUCCUCCCUGCACCCAAUAUGCUGCAGGACUGGCAAAAAUUAUUCAAAAAACCGCCCAUAUAGUGAUGAGCCAUCCGUUGAAAAUCCUAACCAACCAUAGUGUAGUGGCCUACAUCACCUCCCAGGCAUUCACUAUGACAUCACUAAGACAGAGACGGCUGAGCAAAAUUCUGGAAUCACCUCACAUAGCCUAUACACAUGAAGGUAUAAAUAUGGCAGAACAAAUGAACGCAGGGGAACCACACUUGUGUGCACAAAUUGUAGAGGAAGGAGAGAAAAUCAGGCCAGACCUUCAGGCAGAACCAAUAGAACACGCAGACAAAAACUGGUUCACAGAUGGAUGUUGUCACAGAGACGAUAAAAAUGAACUAAAAGCAGCAUGGGCAGUAGUGGAACUAGGUGAGACGGGGUGGACAACAGUUAAAACAAAUCAGUUACAAGGACAACAAUCCGCCCAAAGAGCAGAACUACGGGCAGUCAUUGAGGCACUGAAACUAGCCGCAGGACUGAAAGUCAACAUAUACAGUGACUCAGCAUACACUGUAGGCGCAGUCCACGUAGAGCUCAAACAAUGGCUUAGAGCAGGGUUUCUGACGACCAAUAACAAACCCAUCAAACAUGAAGCAGAAAUGAGAGAACUGGCAGAAGCAUUACUGCUUCCCGCUCAAGUAGCUGUAAUCAAGUGCAAAGGACACAGUCAAGGUAAUGACCUCGUAUCUGAAGGAAAUAGACAAGCAGACAAGGUGGCGAAACAGACCGCAGGCCAUCUCCCCUCUUACAACAUGGUAGUGGAGACGCAGCAAGGAAAAGCCCAGGAAGACCCUAGAAUAAACAUAGACAUCCAGACCAUAAAGCAAAUGCAGGACAAGGCCUCUCCACAGGAGAAAUCUUUGUGGGUGGCUAGAGGAGCAACCAACACAGACGUUUGGAGAGGACCAGAUGGUAGGCCCAUACUGCCACCUGGGAUCAGACAGACGGCAAUGGAAGAAGCACAUGGGGUAGGACAUGUGGGUGUAACACAGAUGAUGAGAAACUUGUCCCCCUGGUGGCAUCCCUAUUUAGCAGAUAUGGCCAAGCAUUUAGUCAAAACUUGUACAGAAUGCGCUCAUUUUGGCAUCAGACCCACCCUGAAACCCAUCCAAGGCCAAUUUCCUAUUCCAACGUGUCCUGGUAAGGAGGUAAUCAUAGAUUACACAGAUAUGAUUGACAGAGUAAAAGGCUACAGGUACCUCCUGGUUUGUGUGGAUGCGUACACUGGAUGGCCAGAGGCCUGGCCUGCAAAAAAGGAAGACAGUAAAACAGUUAUCAAAUGUUUGAUUAAUCAUUACAUUCCCCAACAUGGCUUCCCAGAAAAAAUCAGAUCAGACAAUGGUACUCAUUUUAAGAAUAAGGAUCUUCAGGAGGUUGAAACUAUGCUGGGACUGAAACACAAGUUUGGUUCAGUGUACCAUCCCCAGUCACAGGGGAAGGUGGAGAGGAUGAAUCAAACGUUAAAAGUCAAAUUGGCUAAAAUCUGUGCACAGACCAAAUUGAACUGGUUGGAUGCUUUACCACUAGCUCUGAUGUCCGUACGGAGCUCAGUCAACAAAACCACAAGGUUUACCCCUUUUGAACUACAGACUGGACGACCUUUUCCAGGACCUGCCACUAAACUAGCCUUGACUACUGACCUAACUGAUCCACCUGACCCAAGGACAUAUUAUAACAUCUUGCGGAGUCUUGUCUCUCAGUUUUCAUUACAGGUCAAGGCCGACUGUGCCACAACAAGCACCUCUUCUACGCAACCAGGGACGGACUGGGUCCUGCUGAAGGUCACCAAAAGAAAGUGGACGGAACCAAGGUGGACAGGACCCUUCAGGAUCACGGAGAGAACGUCACACGCUGUCCGGCUGGACGGCAAAGGUGACACUUGGUAUCAUUGGACUCAGUGCGCUGCUACGGAUGAGCCCCAACGCACUCUGUCUGAGAUCCAAAAAGAACUAACAGAGGAAACAAGACCCAACCAGGCCGAAGAAUCUGCGGACCAGGAUUAGAAGCAGACGAUAGAACCACACCCUGCAGCUGCCAAGAGCCAGUGGAGGGACAACAACAGGGUGACCGGUUCGGUGAACUUUGAAAAAAAAAAAAAAAAACUUUUUACGACUGUGACCCUUGAACAUGUUUGAUUGAUUGAUUUAGCUAUAAUAUCCGCACGUAGUUUUGUGAUUGCCUUUAAAUUGUUUUUCUCUUGCUUGCAGAUUGUUAUGAUAAUUUGGUGAUUUAUUGUGAUUUUUGUUUUUUAUUUUUUAUGCUACCUUUCUUGUAUUCGGGUUUCCGACCAGGCCACACAACUGGGCUUUUACCCCUGCAACGGUCCAAACUCUGUGGGGGAGGUUUCCCCGGUUGAGUCGCCUUGCUCGAAGGUCGGCCUGCUCCAGAUCGUCUCAUGAGAUCCGCUUUCUGGGGCCUUGGUCCUGGAUCUCUGUGACUCUGGGAAUGGCUCGACGAUUUUUAUUUUCAACUUAUGUUGAACUCUUAAUAGAGUUCAAAAGGGGGAUUGAAGAUAUAAGAUAUGUACUUUUCUCUGUAAUGCUCUCUCGUCCAGUUUAACUAGAAACUUGCAUGCCUUAGCAGAAAGCCAAGUGCAUGUUCUAUCUUGCUCGGUACUUUCCACCCUGUACUGGUAAACAGGAACUAGGGUUUCCUGUUAUUUCUCGACCUUUAAGCACCUAACUCAUAUUUUGUGCAAGCUGUCAAAAUGUCUGCGGUUGAGUGCGGGCGUGUGGAGCUUCAAUAAAUACAGCCGCUUCAACAGAGGAAGACAGAAUCUCAGAGACAGCUGUCAGGACAGAGCGCGGGUUCUGUAUGAGGCUGUGAGCUUCUCCACUGCUGCGGUGAACUUUGAACAGGUUUCUGAUUCUUGACU